AUGUCUAAAUUACAAGAUUCUAGCAUCCCAAUAUCUGUGACAUCACUGCCUUUGAAACAUAGUAGGCAAAGAAAUCAGAAUAUUAGCCCAGGGAUUUCACUAUUAGCUGGCGCCACAGCUGGCGCUAUCGAAGCAGCUACUACUUAUCCAUUUGAGUUUGCCAAGACUCGCUUUCAGCUAAAGCACAAUGCGUAUCAUGCCGCUGCCAUAACAACAAAAAAUCCGUUCUUUUCGCUCCUACAGACAGUUCGCCAAAAUGGAAUAAGAGUGAUGUACACGGGUUGCUCGACUCUAGUUAUUGGUACCGCGUGCAAAGCCGGCGUUCGGUUUCUUACAUUCGACUCCAUCAAGAAGAUUAUCUCCGAUGGAGAUGGGAAAUUGUCACCUGCGCGUGGUCUUCUCGCAGGUAUGGCCGCCGGUGCUGUCGAAAGUGUGAUUGCUAUCACACCAACCGAACGCAUUAAGACAGCCCUAAUUGAUGACGCUAGAAUGCCUACAAGACAGUAUAAGGGUGGCAUACACGCAUUACAAGUUAUUAUCAGGGAACAUGGCCUUAAUGAAGUCUACCGCGGCCUUGUUUCCACAACCAUCAAGCAAUCAGCCACGUCGGCAGUCCGCAUGGGUAUAUAUAACUCACUGAAAGAAAACGUGUCGCCGCGACUUGGAGGUUUCGGCAAUAACCCUAUUGCCACUUUUGGUUUGGGUGCAAUUGCUGGCAUAAUUACUGUUUUUGCUACCCAGCCAUUUGACACAAUAAAGACACGUACCCAAGGCGCUACAGGAAUUACAGUAUCGGCGGCUAUGAAGGAUAUUUUUCGAGAUGGGAGUGUGAGAGCAUUCUGGAGUGGCAGUUCCAUGCGGUUGGGCCGACUUGUGCUCAGUGGAGGUAUUGUUUUUACCGUUUACGAGAGUAUCUCAGCUGCCUUGACUAGAACUUAUAUAAAUUCUAGUUAA